UCUAAAUGUAACUCAUUAAUAGAAAUCAUUGCGUUUCUUAUUAUUUGCAUAGCUGUUUGCUCGCAUUAUUCAUAAAUAAGAUUAAUUUAUCUAAAAAGUGAAAAUCAGCCUUAUCUUUGCUAUCUUAUGAUUCAUACAAAGAUUGAACUAGUAUACCAAGCAUAGUAACACAGCUGAAAGAAGAAUGUAAACAAAAACACGUAGUACAGUUAUUAGGAAAAAAAAUUCAUAUAUCAAUAUAAGAAAUACUCAUACGUCUGUUUUGAUGUAACACCAAAUGGCUGGGGAAAAAGAUAUUCUUAGUUUACGAUUUAAUCAAGAUCAAGGAUGUUUCACAUGUUGCAUGGAAUCUGGCCUCAGAGUAUAUAAUGUAGAACCAUUAGUUGAAAAAGCACAUUUGGAAAGUGACAUUAUGGGAAGCAUAGCUACUGCAGAAAUGCUUUGGAGAACAAAUAUCAUUGCCAUAGUAGGUGGUGGUACAAAGCCAAAGUUUGCAGAAAAUACAGUACUUAUUUAUGAUGAUUUAUCUAAAAAGUUUAUAAUGGAGAUUACAUUUACCAGUCCUAUAAAAGCUGUAAGAUUACGUAGGGACAAAAUGGUAGUGGCACUUCAAAGAGAAAUACAUGUCUUUUCGUUUCCUAUGCCAACACGAAGAUUAUUAACUUUAGAAACUAGAGACAAUCCAAAAGGAUUAAUUGAAGUUGCUACGUUAGCUACUGCACAGAAACAACUUCUUGCUUUUCCUGGUCACAAACAAGGCAGUGUUCAAUUAAUUGAUCUUGCUGCUACAGAUGCUGGAAGUUCUAGUGCUCCUGCAAGUCUUGCAGCACAUCAGGGUGCAUUAGCUUGUCUCGCAGUUAACAGUAGUGGAACAAUGAUAGCAACUGCUUCCACACAAGGUACUUUAAUUAGAGUAUGGGACAGUGUACGUAGACAUUUAUUAGUGGAAUUAAGAAGAGGUGCUGAUCCUGCAACUCUUUAUUGCAUUACAUUUAGUAGAGAUUCGGAAUUUCUAUGUGCUUCCAGUGAUAAAGGAACAGUACAUAUAUUUGCAUUAAAAGACACACAAUUAAAUCGUAGAUCGACUUUUUCAAAAGUAGGAUUUUUGGGGAAUUAUGUUGAAAGUCAAUGGGCAUUAGCUACAUUUACAGUACCACCAGAAUGUGCUUGUGUAUGUGCAUUUGGUACAAGAAGUUCUGUUAUAGCUAUAUGUAUGGAUGGAACAUUUCAUAAAUAUGUUUUCACUACUGAUGGAAAUUGUAACCGUGAAGCAUUUGAUGUCUUCCUAGAUGUUUGUGAUCAUGACGACUUUUAACACAAACUGUGUAUUAUAUUUUUAAAAUGUCUGUAGGAGAGUUUCUAGUCACUUCAAAUAAGAAACUUCUUGCAGCAGAUGUCUGUACAGUAACGCAAUUAUAUUAAUAAUUAUAAGA